AUGCCACCUCCUCGUACAGCAGCUACAGAAGAAGAAGAGAAGCAGAAGAAGCAGAAGAAGCAGAAGAAGCAGAAGAAGCAGAAGAAGCAGAAGAAGCAGAAGAAGCAGAAGAAGCAGAAGAAGCAGAAGAAGCAGAAGAAGCAGAAGAAGCAGAAGAAGCAGAAGAAGCAGAAGAAGCAGAAGAAGCAGAAGAAGCAGAAGAAGCAGAAGAAGCAGAAGAAGCAGAAGAAGCAGAAGAAGCAGAAGAAGCAGAAGAAGCAGAAGAAGCAGAAGAAGCAGAAGAAGCAGAAGAAGCAGCAGAAGCAGCAGAAGGGAAAGAUGCUAGCAAUGCAAACAGCAAGGAAAGAAAUAAGACAAGUCAAAAGAACAGAAAAGAGCAGGUCGACCAAGCUGACAAGAGGGAUGCAUCUGGUUGCCCUGAUGCAUCCUCUGUCGCAACUCUCCCUGCAGCUGGGCUACGAGGGAGGGGAGUUGACGAAGGAAAGAAGAGGAGGGAGACGGGGGAGAGAGGGAAGGAAUUUAUAG